UUCAAUUUAUUUAGAUAUGAAAUUGUAGACUUUAACCAUUUUCAUCAGCUGAUGGCACUUGUCUGACAGAUUGACAUUACUGUGAAGGUUGAUGUUACAUAGGAAAUAGGUUAAUCAAAAUAGUUAGGAAGAGUUAAAAUGAAAAAAUUGUUUAGUUAUUAAAUGGAUGUAUGAGAAAUUGAUAAAGAUGGGUGCUAUAACAAGCAGGCAACGUGCAAGACGAGUUGAAGAGGUUGAUAUAGUCUCAAACCACGCUUACAAGUAUCCACCCCGCUCUGGAAAUUAUUUUGGAAGUCAUUUUAUAAUGGGCGGAGAGCGUUUUGAUACACCUCAGCCGGAAUCUUAUUUAUUUGGCGAAAAUUCAGAUCUUAAUUUUCUAAGUAGUAGACCAACACCAUUUCCAUAUCCUCCCCCUCAACCAAAUGAACCAACUAAAACAUUGAAAAGCUUAGUUAAUAUAAGAAAAGAAUCACUUCGUUUUGUAAGAGCUCCUGCUGAUUAUGGGAAAUCUAGGGUGGAAAAGGGAAAUGGGGAUGGUCAUGAUCGUGAUAUUGAAGCAUCAAAAGGUUGUCCAUUUAAUAUAGAAUUUACUUUUGAUUGUGAUGUUAGAUGUUCUAUAACAAUCUAUUAUUUUUGUACAGAAGAAAUCACUCCAACAGGGGUUACAUAUAUUUCUAAAGAUCCUUCAUUAAAUUCUGAAACAUUUCAUUACAAAAAAGGUGCUAACCAACAAUUUUGUCAAAUGUCUCACGUAUUUGAUCCUUCACCAUUUUGUGAUAUAUAUUUAAAAAAAAAAUAUUUUUUUAAACAAAAUCCCUUGCGGUUAUUCUUAGUCUCCGUGCGAAAUUCGCGUAAAAAUAAUCCUUCGGCUAAUAUUCUUUUGUUAUGAANAAAUAUCUCGGAUGGAAUGUAUGUUUUAAAAGCUUUGAAGCAAAAACUGUUUGUUGAUGGUCUGUGUUACCUAUUACAAGAAAUAUAUGGCAUUGAGAAUAAAAAUUAUGAGAAGCAAGUAAACGAUGAUGAUGUUGAAGACAGUGGUGCUGAAUGUGUUAUUUGUAUGUGUGAUGUAAGGGAUACUUUAAUUCUUCCCUGUCGACAUUUGUGUUUGUGCAAUUCGUGCGCAGAUUCUUUACGUUAUCAGGCAAACAACUGCCCCAUCUGUAGAGCACCAUUUCGAGCUUUGCUACAAAUUAGGGCUCUUCAAAAAAGUUCAAAUGCAAUACAGGCAAUUAGUGCCCCUGAAGGUAGUUGUGAUAAUAUUCCCCCUAUUCCUCCUGGUUAUGAAGCAGUUUCACUUAUAGAAGCUCUAAACGGACCUAUGAUGCCCAAACAGCCACCUGCUGCCAUUCCAGAUUUGGUCGAAACGCCAGACAAUGAGUGUGCCAUUCAAGCUGCACAGAUUUUAAAUAGACACAGUGAAGACCACGUUUCUUCAAAAAGUGGAAAAGAUACUGAUACCUCAAGACAUGAGUUUGGUAUGAGAACAAUUUCAUCGUCGGCUAGAGAAGAAGAAAACAACAGGGAGACUUCACAAUGUCCUUUAUUGUCGACAGAAAUGGAAUUGAGCUCUCGCACCGAUAAACAUAGAUCUCGUGAAAAUUUGCGGCAUGCAGAAGUCUUCGAAAAAGACGAAGCGCAAGAUGAAGAUAGCGAAGCUGAGAAAUUAUCGCCUUUACUACAAAAGGAGCUCUCUAGCCGUGGUAAUCCUUUGGCUUUAAACAUGGUUGAUAUUGUGGAGCACAUUGACGAUGGUGACACUGAUAAUGAAGAGAAUAUGAAUUAUUGUAAAGCUGAGAAGAUUAAAAAGUCGGGUGAAGAGAAAGAAAAAGGAGACGAUUCAGAUUACUAUACUCCUGAAGAAUCAGCGCCAGGAAAUUCAGUUCCUCUAUAUGAAGAAGUUUCUUCCAGCUCUGUGGAAGGCACGCCUCAAAAAUUACCGAAUACCCCUCUUUCACAUGUAAGUGGUAGCAGCGAUAGUUAUUCUAGUGGUUCCAGCACGCAUCGUCUCUUGGUUGUUGACAACAGUAUUCCAAUUUCAGAACGAACGGUUAACGUAUAAUUUUCUAAAUAUGUAUAUUAUUUUGGUGUUGUUUUUUUAUUUUUUAUCGAAUCAGUAUAAACAAGAUAUAAAUUGUAGGAUAUUCUCUUUGUUUCUUUUUUUUUAAGAUUAUCGAUGUCUUUUUUUAUAAUCAAUAAAGUAAUUUUUUGUCAUGUA